GAUUAAUCGGAGAAGGUUAAGCGCCAUUGGUUAUUAUUUAACUGUAUUAAGACUGACUUAUGCUCGCAUCCAUAUAUGGAUAUGCACACGAAUUCAAGGAUGACAUGCAAAAAUGGAGAAUUGCGAUAUUACGCAACUCUCGUUAUAUGGUUCGUUUUGGCCAAUUUUCGCGUCUGCCACAUUAAUGCCCAAGAUGCUAGCAUUAACGAAGUGAUACCUUUGCUGCGAGGAAUAACGACGGCGAGUAUGGCGAGUUCAACUCCAGAAAGGCUCAUCGCCUGUCCAAGUAAUCGCCCGAGCACCUUGACUCGCCUUCUUGGGAUCAUCUGCGAAAGGCAUUCCGACUGCCAGUUUCUGGGUUCGGAUCAGCGCUGCUGUCGGGGCAUCUGUAGACGAGGCGUCGAGGCGCCAAUCUACGAGCCACCGCACGGAGAUAUCUUAGGAAUUCAACGAAAAUGCCCUUCAUUCACAUUUCCCGAAAGAUUGCCUAUACAAAGAUGCUCGAAAGAUGCAGACUGCGAAGGAUUAAAUCGAAUUUGUUGUCCCGAUAAAAGUGAUAGAAAUUUAUACUGUAGAAUAGCAGCUCCAAUAUGGUCGGAAUUGCCUUUACCAAAUAAUCUUAGUUCUUUAAAGUCUUUAGUUGGAUACGUACAAUGCCAACCAGCGCCACCAGCUGUUCUCGAUGUAUUUACACAUCCUUGUAAUACAACAAUAGAUUGCUUUCCAAAUUUAUGUUGUCAAGAAGGUUCAAAAAAAAUUUGCAGACCACCAAAAAGAUCGAUCUUAACAUUAGCUAUUCAAGCAACUUCUCGGUUAAUUAAGGGAUAAGAAGAAGAAAGGAACGUGAAC